AUGGAGGUCAUUUACAGAAACGUGACGAACACCUACUUCGACUACCGGAGGGAAAUAAAAAAAAAGAAAAACCGAUUCAAGCUGUCCGCCUAUGAACAACUGGACGAUGAAGAUUCAGGGAGGGAGGAUAACCUGCUAAAUCGUACGGAAGACAUAGAAAUGCAGACACACAGUUUACUGCCACCACAGUGGAUUGAGAAAAUAGAGGAGUGCUCAGAGGAUAUAGGAUAUAUUAAGCUAAAAUUAAUGGAGCUGGAAAAAUUAAAAAAAAAAAAACUAGUAAAUGUUUUACAGGACGAUCAGAUGAUCGUACAGGAAAUUGCCAAAAUGUGCACCGACAUAACAGUUAUGAUUAAAAACUGCGAGAGUAAAAUUCAAGGGAUCGCAUGGGAGGACGCAACCUGGGGGGAGGGGAAGGAUGAGCUGACUGACAAGCAACAUGGCAAACAGCAACAUGGCCAACUGCAAGAUGAAGGAAAACAGACGCAGUCUGAUCCUAACGACUUAGUUGGAAAGCUCAAAAUAAACGCAAAAAAAAGUUUAAUCUCGCAACUUAAGUCCAUAUCCCAAACGUUCCACAAUAAGCAGAAGGCAUACAUAAACGAGUUUAAAAAAAUUACAAAUGAGUGUAACGAUUACGCGGGUGACUUCAAUGUCGAACAAAUGGAAGAUAUCCAACAGGAUGAAUUAACAUAUGAUAAGAAUAACAACCUGAGUGGCGUAAAUAUCGCCAGGAGAAAUACCGACCUGAGGAAGAUUUCCAACACGGUUAUUGACUUGCACCAUAUUUUUAAAGAGCUCUCCGUGAUGCUGGUGGAGCAAGGAUCCAUGUUAGACCGAAUUGAUUACAACUUGGAUUUAUCCAUCGAUAAAUGUGAAAAAGGAUUAAAUAAAUUAAAAAUUUUCCAUAAGAAUGAGGGGGAUAAACUGGCUGCCCGCUGUGUAUCCUUCCUCACUUCACUAAUCUUUUUUUUGUUAAUACUUAUCAUUCUGAAGCAUUUGUACUGA